UAUGGGAAAAUGUGAUUCGCAAGCACGUGUUAGUUCUAAUUCAGGUUUAAACGCAUAUUAUCCUGACUUUUCAAUGCUUGUAUAUUGAUAGCAGCAUAUAUUUUUCAAUGUUGAUUUUUCAAGUUUAUUAACAAAAACAGAAACUUUUUUUACCAGUCUUUUAAUGAUAAAGCCUCUUUCAACGUGAAUGAUCGGCUCGUGUUCACUUCACCGUCAUGAUCAAUACACGUGACACGUGACCAAACAUGGACGAUAGGAAAACAAACUUGUGCACCUCGAGCUCAACCGCUGCUUAAAACGAUGGAAGAAUCAGCAACAGAUACCUAGAACAAAGUUCAUCAACUUGGAAACAAUUAUGAAUAUGUGAUUACCAGUAAGGAACCUCCAUAACUUAAGAAACUACAAGAUUAGCAGAGAUUUGAACGACAGUUGAAGCAGCCACAAUGGAGUGGCAUAUAAUGAAUGUUGGGGGGGUGAGCAGUCUGGGCAGUAACCUGGGCUGUCUGGAGGAAUCUCAGUACAUACCCUCUGACGAAUGUAAAGAUGUUCUUUUGGAAAUCAUGCAACAACUUAAAGAUGAGGACCCUAGGUUACGAAAUGUUCGGCGGCAAAUUUUCUACAACCAUCUCGUGGAAAAGGAUCUUUGUGUAAUGAUCAAGUUCUUGAGAGAAGACCCAGAAAUAUUUGGUCUUGUUGUAAGAAUACUGGCAAAUUUGACACUUCCUGUGGAAAGUUUAAUAGAGUCGACUGGAUAUUCUAUGGCAGAGGCAAGUCAGACUGGAAUGUCAUGGCAACAGGGAGUGGAGAGCUCCCUCCACCACUACAGGACUGUGUUCACUGAUAAGUCAGUUUUGCUUAGUCUGUUGGAGGAAAUCCACACUCUUGUGGAAGAGAGUGAAGGAUACCCACUGCCAGAGGAGAGUUGUGAAGUCAUCAAUCAGAUUCUGCUGUUGCUGCGGAAUCUCCUACACUUCCCAAGCAGUUCUGAGGACAACAGCUGCAGGGAGCAUGAAAUGUUUCUCAGAAUCCUUUUUGAGUGCGAUUUCACAGAGAGAUUUAUUAAGCUUCUUCAGCUAAUACAAAGGGAAUACUGGACCGUAACAGCCGUACAAUUGGUAACACUCAUCUUUAAAGGACAUACAGGGGAGAUGUUUCUUCAGAAUGUGACUGACAUUGAAUCUGUGACUUUUAUCAUGGAGCAGUCGGAGGACUCUGAUGGUGAAUGUCUGAUGUGUGGUUACCAGCACAGUGACAAAGACUUUCAGUGCAUUAAUUACCUCGAGGAAAGUAUCUCAAAAAAUCUGCGACUACGGCAUGGAUCUAGCCAGGACAGCUGCAGUUCCUCUCCAAACGGCUCAAGUCUGGAGGUCUCCAGUCAGGAACAGGAGAAAUUACAUAAAUAUUUGGAAGUUUUUGCUGUACAGUUUCUGACCAAAGCUUUCUGUAACACGGUUCAUGUUCUCAGGAAUAUUCUCACAUCUCAAUACAAAGCAAUGAUAGAUGAAGUGUAUAUACUAUGGCUCCUGGCAUUUUUCCUGAAAUAUGCGCGACAUCAGCGAGUGGAAUUCCAUUACAUCAGGGGAAUCUUCUCCACAGACUUGUUUGCAUUUCUGGUUUACAAAACGGUGGUGAAUUCUGAGGAGCUAGUGAUAGCACAGAGAAACAAACAGGACACCAUUCAUCACCUCAGAAGAAUUCAUUUGACUGUUGGUGCUAUGCGGGAAAUGUUACAAGGUCUGAAGCUAUAUUGUGAAGAUCAGAGUCUAGAUAAAGCCAACAUAGCUUACCUAGAGAAUUUACAAAAAGACUUGGCCAACUCUGUAGACCUGCCCCAGAUGUUCCUCCUCCUGAUCCGGAACUUCCAGAUGCACACACACAGUCUGAGAUUCCUCCAGGACGUGAUCAUCACCAACCACCUGCUGCUACUGUUGGUGGACGUGUGGAGGUCCCAGUCCAUCAGCAAGACAGAGUUCCACAUGCUGAACCACAUCAAACAAUUUGCUACAACAGAAGUGAUGCAGAAGUAUGGCCGCUUGUUAGAGAACUUUGAGUAUAACAAUGCCGUAGUAAACAACUGUAUAUUUACCAUGAUGCACCAUGUUGCUGGAGAUUGCGAGAAACCCAAUGCCUUGCUGCAGGUGCAAAUAUUGCGGACCUUCCUAGAGAUUUUGGACAGCAACGCCCCUUUAACUCAGGAGAAGACAGAUUUGAUUGAGUUCAUCCUACAGAAAUUCAUGGUUGAGGCAGAGAACAAUCCAUUUUCCUGUGCUCUACAACUGUUUGGGGAAAUGCCAGUCAAAUCUAAACAUGGGAAAAUUGAAGAGGAUGAGGUUGCAGAUGAUGCUGAAGAUGAAGAAGAGGAUGAGAAUGCUGAGGAAAUGAAGAAGGAGAAGGACAUUCUUCUGAUGCUGUACACGGAGUUGAUGGGACAGCCCGGGGCUCUAAGUGCUAUCUCCACCAAACUGGGCGAGUUUGGGAUCAAGAAAACAGAGCAACAGAUUUCUGAAGACCUCAAAGAAUUUGAUUGGUUGGUCGAUGAAAGAAACACAGAAGGGUCAGAGGUCAGUAAGACGAGAUCUGUGGAAUCGGACAUGGAACAGAGCAACUCCUCCUCGUCCUUCGCUGAUGACUUAGAAGACCUAGAUGACUCGGAGAUAGUCACUUACUGUAUCACGAAGCUAAAGGAAAUGAAGUGUGAGGACCAUCUGAAGUGGCUCCAGCAACAGUUCUGUGAUGUUGCCUAUGCCAAGUGUGCAAUGUCUAUGAGUAGUUUGGACAAAAAUGAAACAGAAGGAUUUGUAGCCGGAUUACAUGUCAUUCAGAAUAAGUCUGUACCGCUGAUUCUCUACAACGAAGAACAGGAACAACUGAUGCACAACCCGUACUUUAUCACCCUGCUUCAGUUCCUGGGGUUACACAUGCCAGAGGAUGUGGGAUUGGUGUUUCCCAGAAUUCCUCACUUCUGGACCAUUCAGAAUCUGGUUGAGAAGGCUAGCCAGUUUGGUGAUCUCACCAUUGAUCAACUAAAGUUUGACCCAGUGAAGUUGAAAGAAGGAAGGGAAAUGACGGAGAUUACGCUGCCCUUCAAACUGGAAAAAAAGGAGGACAUCACAUUUGAGAAAAUGAAAAAGAUCCCGGACACAGUAUGGAUGACAAUGAUCCAGCAAUACAACAAAAAUUCUGGAAAGGAUGGGAAACAAGGAAUGCAAGUCAGGAACGAGUUCCAGAGCCAGGCUUGUCCUUGACCUUCAACCCAUUCUGACCGAGUCUGUGUCGGGGGAAGACCUCCUAUUACUCGCUGAAUUGUCAAAGGAAAUGCUGCAAAAUGCUGGCAUUGAACAGUGUUUCCAUUCCAAUACAAUAAGUGCUGGAAACAUGGAAAAGGUGUUAUAAUUUAUUUGAUUUUUUCAUUGUGUGUGAAUCCCUUUGGAAAACUUGGAUACAAAUUCGUGAAAACAAUCUCUGCAGAGAAAAACUUGGAAGUGAAUUAAUUAAAACACUUGUGUCAUUGUGAAUUUAAUCUGCAGAUUUAUUUCCCUGUGUACAGUAUAUGUACAGUUUUAGUUAUACAAGUACAAAAAAGGAAAUAUAUAACAUGAUUGCUCCAAAUGAGACGGCACCAAACUUUAAGCAAAUCAUGAAAUAUUCGCAACCCAGUGUAAUUUGUACAGCAAUUGAACAAUGUGGUACAUGUAAUUAUGGUAGCUCUAUAAUGAUUAUGUAAGAUGAAGAUGGACCAUGCUGUAUCUUGUGAAUUGUAAAUGAUUUGAAGUGAUUGAGCAUUCUUUGUUUUGAAGAAUGUGCCCCUGAUCGGUAAUCUUUCCUACCUGGAGAAGCUGUAGACCAAGUGGUCAUUUACCUACAUGUAGUAUUUUUCAUCUUUUUGUCUUCAUCUCCACACAGACUUCAGUAUUGUACAGUAUUUAAAUGUGAUAAUCGUUUCAUUUAAUGUUGUCUUCUCUGGUAGUUAAAUACUCCCAAAAAGCUUGGGGUCAAAAAUUAUUGUUGGUCAUCUAGUGCCAAUUUUACUUCGUUUAUGUAUUUAAGAGCUCAGUUGAAAAAAAUAUGAUCAAUAAAUCUUGUUCAACUGAAUAUAGUGUGCAAUUUCUUAUAAAUUUAUGUGUAAAUAACACAAUCGUACAAAUCAACACUGGUUUUAACAGAAUUUAAUGUAUACUAUUUAUAUAGUUUCGGUUUUAAAUAUAUGCUGAAAAUUUAUUACUGAGCAUGUUUGCAUCAGGUUACAUGUAUAUAUUACAGGUAAUGCCACUGUAGUAAAAUCAUCAAAUACAUGUAAAUGUAUUUAUUUUGUUGUAACUUAAUUGAAUGGUUUUUAAUAAAUUUGUUGAAAUGUA